AUGAGUGAUGGCCUCUGUCUCUUGCCCCCUCAGUCCCCUCAGGGUGGCUGUGCUGGCUCCGGGGUGACACAUUUCCCACUCGGAGUUGUGGCUGCCGUGUCUAAUGCCCGGGGGAGCUCUGGGAGCCCUGGAACCCGGCUGGUGCUGAGGGGGAAGACGCCCGCCCGCCACGAUGCCCCUGACCACGCCGACGGCAGCAGAGGUGGACAGUAUGGCACAACCCUGCGCUCCUCCUUCAGCUCCCACUCCCAGAGCAAUGGCCUGGACCCCAAAGCCUCGCUGUACCAGCCACUGGCCAAGAAGGAUUUUGGCACCCUGAAGGGCAGCAGCUGGUCCUCACGCUCAGCGGUCGACCUCACCCCGCACAAGCGGAUGGCGACCAUCAGCAAUGGGGGCCUGGCAAAGGGCCGGGGCUACGGUGCUGGCUACACCCUGUCUCAGACCACCACCACCACCUCUCCACGGCCCAGCUCCUUCCACGAGCGCAACUACCGGUCCCGGCAGAACUUCGACACCCUCUCGCUGCGCUCCCUGCGGCUGGCCGACGGGCCGCUCCAGCCCCCCACCAUGGCAGACGACCGCUACAGUGUCAUCUCAGAGCAGCUGGAGCCCAUUGGUCACCGUCCCCUCUAUAAAAGCCAAGGCAACGGUGGCUUCACCCGCUCCUACACCUUUGAGAGGCAGAUGAGCGCCGGCUCUGCCACCAAGGCCGCAUCUGACUGGCUGGAGGGCGGCGAGGUGACCCAGAGCCGCACCAUCCGGGCGCCUGCCAUGCGCACGCUCCAGCGCUUCCAGAGCAACAACCGGUCGCGGCUGAGCACUGGCUCCUUCGGCAGCAUCCAGGCGGCCCCGCCAGCGGGUCUCGGGAGCUCAUACAUGGGGAUGGUGGAGCAUAGCUCUCGUGCGCCCUCGGUGCGCAGCCUGGCCGAGUCCAGCCACCACCUCCAGGACCAGCGCGCUGCGGAGAUGUACAACGGGCACAGUGCACUGCUCGGCCACCCGUCGGGCGGGUUUGACGACAUCGACCUGCCCUCGGCAGUGAAAUACCUGAUAGCCAGUGACCCCAACCUGCAGGUCCUGGGUGCUGCCUACCUCCAACACAAAUGCUACAGUGACAGCAACGCCAAGAAGCAGGCCCGCAGCCUCCAGGCCAUGCCCAAGCUGGUGAAGCUGUUCAACAGCCCCAACCAGGAGGUGCAGCGCCAUGCCACGGGUGCCAUGCGCAACCUCAUCUAUGACAAUGCCGAGAACAAGCUGGCGCUGGUGGAGGAGAAUGGCAUCUACGAGCUGAUGCGGACACUGCGAGAGCCUGACGAUGAGCUCCGCAAGAACGUCACAGGGAUCCUGUGGAAUCUCUCUUCCAGUGACAACCUGAAGGAUCGCCUGGCCCGGGACACGCUGGAGCAGCUUACAGACCUGGUCCUGGUCCCCCUCUCUGGGCUGGGGGGCUCAGGUGUCAUCCAGCAGAACCCCUCAGAGGCAGAGAUCUUCUACAACUCCACGGGCUUCCUCAGGAAUCUCAGCUCUGCCAGCCAGCAGACCCGGCAGAAGAUGCGCGAGUGCCAUGGGCUGGUGGACUCCAUGAUCCACUACGUGAACAGCUCCCUGGAAGUGGGCAAGUCAGAGGACAAGAGCGUGGAGAAUGCCGUCUGCGUCCUGCGCAACCUCUCCUACCGCCUGUACGAUGAGAUGCCCCCGUCGUCCCUCCAGCGCCUGGAGGGCCACAGGAGGAACAACAGCAACGUGGUGACAGGGGAGCUGGUGGGCUGCUUCAGCCCCCAGAGCAAGAAAGCACGUGAGCACUACCUGAACGCGGACAUCGUCACCUUCACGGAGGUCUCCAAGGACCCCAAGGGCAUGGAGUGGCUCUGGAACCCGCAGAUCGUGGGCAUCUAUAACCGGCUGCUGCAGCGCUGCGAGCUCAACAAGCACACCACAGAGGCGGCCUCGGGCGCCCUGCAGAACAUCACCGCGGGGGACCGCAGGUGGGCGGGCGUGCUGAGCCGGCUGGCGCUGGAGCAGGAACGCAUCCUGAACCCCGUGCUGGACCGCGUCCGCACCGCCGACCACCACCAGCUGCGCUCCCUGACGGGGCUCAUCCGCAACCUGUCCCGCCAUGCCCGCAACAAGGACGAGAUGUCCACCAAGGUGGUGAGUCACUUGAUUGAGAAGCUGCCGGGGAGUGUCGGGGACAAGGCGCCGCCCGCCGAUGUCAUCGUGAACAUCAUUGCAGUCCUCAACAACCUGGUGGUGGAGAGCCCCAUGGCCGCCCGUGACAUCGUCUACUUUGACGGCCUCCGAAAGCUUUUCUACAUUAAGAAGAGAAGGGACAGCUCGGACAACGAGAAGUCCUCCAGAGCUGCAGCCAGCCUCCUGGGCAACAUGUGGCAGUACACCAAGCUCCACCGGGACUUCAAGACGAAGGGCUACCGGAAGGAGGACUUCCUCGGCCUGUGAGGACACCCCCCACCCGCCGGACUGCCCAGCCCUGACUGCCUGCUGGGACGCUCCUCCAGGGAGGCUGCUCGCUGCCGGACCCCCGCUCCAUAGUGUAGUCUCCGCUGCUUCCCUCGCCUCUCCAUCCCCCAUUCCUGGGUGGGGGGACACUUGUCCUCCCUCCCACCACAGCCUUAAAUGCAGUGACUGCUUUUGGCUCUGCUGCGGGACCCUGCUGGCACCCCAGUUAGUGGGGGUCUGCCCCGUGGCACCCAGGGGUGCUCAGCCCCUGGGGACCCUUCCUGCUCCUUGGGAGUCGUGGCAAAGCUCAGCUUGUCUCGGCAGAAGGACAGGAGCUGGAGGGCUUUUGGGGGGAGAGCUCCUGCAAAGUGAUGCUGGUGGGGAGGGGGCUUCUAGGGGCACCCCAUUGCAACUCCCCCAGUCAUGGGGUGCCAGAGGCUGGGAGGGAGCUGGUGUGGGACGUGCCAUGGGUUAUGCAGGCGCUGCCCUGGCUGGGUGCAGAUGGGGCUUUGCAGAGCUCAGGGGCUUUCCCAAAUUUUUAUGGGGUGGCACCGUGGCUGUAGGGAGCUGGCAGGCAGCACUGGCACCAUGGAGCUGUGUCCCUCCUUUGUCAGGGGUGGGGGUACUGUGACUGAGGCCGCUCGUGCCCUCACUGCAAGAAGGCGGGGGCCCUCAGAGCCACCUCGUACGCCCCAUGGGGACUGUCCCUGUGCUGUGCCGCAGCUGUUGCUCCUUGCCAGCUGCUGCGCUCAGGGCUGGGCCUGGCCGGUGCUGUGUAAGCAGGAUUGGGGCCGGGCUGGCCGGUGUUUGCCGGGUGGCGUCUCCCCGCAGGGCAGGGAGAUGCCCUCGGUGCCCAGCGCUGGCUGGGCAGCGGGUCCAAGGCUCUCCCUGGUGAGGCGAUGACUGGGCCGGGGCGUGCGGGUGGGCUGCGGGGCAGCUUUGGUCGGUCUGCCAGUGGGUUUGGGGCUGGGUGGGGAGACCCUACGCUUGGGGGGGCAUCGAACGCCCUGUUUGGGAAAUGAGGUAGAGUAGGUACAGGGGUGGAGGGUGGGGGAGACCGGGCAGUGCUGCCGGGGCCAGGAAGGUAGGGGGGUCAUGGUGUGUUUGUCUCCCCAGCUCUCCAUGUGGCAGGUGCCCGAGCCCGGUG